UCGCGGCUUGGCAUCUUGAGCUUGGAAGUUGGAAACCGCGGAGCUUUCCGGUCGCGGCGCCGUGACGAGACCGGCGAGACGCUGAGAGGGCGAUGAGGCGGCCGUGAGGCGAGUUAAUCUCAGCGAUGAAGAGGAUUUUUACUUUCGCCAGUCACAAGGGAGAGUCGCCCUUGAGCGGGCCUGAGGAUGGCGAGAGGGACAAAUCACGGCCCGGAUACCGCAUCCGAGACCGAGAUCUCGGGAAAAUCCACAGAGCGGCUCGCGCGGGGGAAGUGGCCCGAGUGCAGCAGCUGCUGUUGCUCGGGAAGAGCGGCCUGAAUGACCGGGACAAGAGGGACAGGACUGCUCUGCAUUUGGCUUGCGCCAGUGGCCAUCCGGAAGUGGUAACGCUCUUAGUAGAGAGAAAAUGCCUGCUUAACGCCUAUGACAGUGAAAACAGGACACCUCUGGUGAAGGCUGUCCAGUGCCAGGAAGAGGAAUGUGCAACUAUUCUGCUGGAGCACGGUGCCAAUCCAAAUCUCACAGAUAACUUUGGAAACACUGCUCUCCACUAUGCUGUCUGCGGUCAGAACAGAGCAAUAGCGGAAAAACUGCUUCUACAUGGUGCAGAUACGGAGGCAAGAAACAAGAAUGGCCUCACACCACUUUUACUUGCUAUAAGUGAAAACAAAGAAGAAAUGGUAGAAAUUUUAGUGAAUAAAGAAGCUAAUACUCGGGCAGUUGAUGAGGCAAAAAGCAAACAACAACUCAUUUCUGAAUAUAAAGAAGAAAAGAAAUGUAAUAUGUUUGAAAAUAGCAAUUCAGAGGAUGAGAGUUCUGAAGAUUGUGUAAGCAGGCUUUCCAGCGAACCUGGUACUGAUGAUCCGUGGCCUACAUCAGUCGAGGAAGACUUAGAUUUUGAUACCAAGAAUGUUACAAAACCAAACUUAACAAAGCUGUUGACUGCUUCUCAACAAUUCAGGAAAAACAUAGAAGCAAAACAUGAGACUGUGAAGCCAGAGAAUACAACCUUGUCUGAUAGUAGUAAUUCAGAUGGUCAAAAUGAAGAUGUGGUUAAAACCUGUCCUACAACAUCAGCCAAAGUCCAGAGUGUUUCUCAUCCCACCUUACCUUCACCAGAGCCUCUUCUAAAAUAUUCCUUCAAGUCUACAGCAAUCCCUGGUCUUAAAAAGGAAGAAAAGACAAGGCCAGAAAUUGGGAAAAAGGAAAAUGACAUUGACACUGAAAGUGUCCCCCAAGAGCAAACAAAUAAUGAUGGAUUAUCUCAUAUUGAUGAAGUCCACAAAAGUAAUAGAAGAGAUAUGAUGUCUGCAUUAGGAUUUGGAGAAGAGGAAGACAUAGAUUCUCCUUGGGAUUCUGAGAGUAUUUCUGAAAGUCCUCCACAGAAGUCUGUUGAUCAAUCUGAGGCCACAGAUCAAAGAAGAAAAAGUGUACAUGAAGAAGAAGAAGACGAUGUGUUUUAUAUACCUUCUUGCAUCAGUGGACCAAGAAACUUUAAGAUGUCUAAGCUAGAGGAUACACGAAGUGUAGGCAUACCAGUAGGCCGCAUGGAGUCUCCUGAGAAAUACUCUCAUUUGAAGGCUGCUGUUGAAAUGAAAGAUUCUGUUCCAAAUAAAGAGAUAGGGAUGAAGGAUGUACAAACCUCCAGAGCAGACCGUUACAAGGAGACAGAAGUAGUGCAAGACACACCCAAGAAGCCAUUGGAUGGUAAUUGCCGUGCUAGUGAGUGUGAAAGCAUGGAAUCUGAACUAGAUGAUGUGAGUUCUUCUCCACCACACAGUGACUUAGAAAUGACAUCCGAGGAAGAGCAAGAAGAGCUCGAAGGUGGUGAAAAUAAGCAGCCACAGUUUGAGGAAGAAAAAAAGUACCAAAGUAGCCAAGUGGAAGUAUCAGGAAACUUGUCUGAUGGUGCUGCUGCUCCUAACAGCACUGGUGGAUUAACUCAGCAAAGAAGGAGUGGAAAAACUGGUAACCAGCAAAUUGCCAUUAAGGAGAAUGAAGAAUAUGAUGGACACAGUCCUGCUUUGCAUAUGGAGGAAGUAAAGAAGAAUGAAAAUGAAAACUGGACAUCCAGAGAAUCUGGGAUUGCACCAGGGUUUGGGAAGACCAGUUCCCCAGCUGGCGGCCCACUCGACCUCAGUGACGACUACAGCUGGAGUGAAGUGGAUCAGGGUGAAACAAGGCCUGCAAAGAAAGCAGCUAUUGAAAAGAACAAGGUCGAGAACCAGAGAAAUUCUACAGAUGACCGUGAUGACAUCAGUCAGCCAUCUGAGACAGCCUCAGAGGAUUACGAGUGGCCUCACACCAAGAACUCCGUGUUGCUAAUUGAACAACUGGCAGUAGACUGUAAAGAUUCUGUCAGCCUGUUGAAAAUCCAGGAUGCAGUUCUCUCAUAUGAAAGAUUAAUAGAACUGAAAAAAAAUCGCUGUAGACUGCUCACUGCAAAAAUUAAAAAAUUGGAAAAUAAGGUCAGUGGACUGAAAAAAGAGCUAUCUGAGCUGAGAGAAGUGAAAUCACAGUUAGAGCGUCAGAACGUGGAAUGGGAACGAGAAUGCUGCAGUCUGAGAUUUACCUUAAAGCAAGAAACAGAAAAGAGAAGAAAUGCUGACAUAUUGUAUGAAAAAAUUAAGGAACAGCUAAGAAGAAAAGAAGAGCAGUACAGUAGGGAAGUGGAAGUGAAAGGACAACUGGAGCUGAGCCUGCGAACACUGGAAACAGAGCUGAGGACUGUGAAGAACAGCUUGAACCAGGUUAUGGAAGAACGAAAUGACACCCAGAGGCAACUUUCUCGAGAACAGAAUGCCAGGAUAUUACAAGAUGGGAUUCUGACCAGUCAUCUUUGCAAACAAAAAGAAUUAGAAAUGGCUCGAAAACAGAUGAAUUCUGAGGUUUUUGAUAAUCAUGAGAAAGAAAAAGAUCUGCUAUGUAAAAAUCACAUGUUGCAGGAUGAAAUUUCCAUGUUAAAACUUGAAAUAGACACAAUAAAAAGUCAGAACAAGGAAAAAGAAAAUAAAUAUUUUGAGGACAUUGAAAUUAUAAAAGAAAAGAAUGAUGAACUUCAAAAGACAAUAAAACUGAAUGAAGAAACAUUAACAAAAACUAUAUUCCAGUAUAAUGGACAGCUUGACGUUCUGACAGCUGAGAAUGCGAUGCUAAAUUCUAAAUUGGAGCUUGAAAAACAAAACAAGGAAAGACUGGAAACAGAAGUUGAAUCAUACCACACUAGACUGACUGCUGCUAUACAAGACCAUGAUCAAAGCCAGGCAUCAGAAAGAGACCUGAAACUCGCUUUCCAGAGAGCAAGAGAUGAGUGGCUUUGUUUACAGGACAAAAUGAAUUUUGAAGUCUCUAACCUCAAGGAUAGCAAUGAAAUUCUUUCUCAACAACUUUCUAAAGCUGAAAGGGAAUUUAAUAGCCUAGAAAUUAAGCUCCAUCACACCAGAGAUGCUCUCAGAGAAAAGACUUUGGCUUUAGAAUGUGUCCAAAGAGACCUGAGCCAUACACAGUGUCAAAUGAAGGAAAUGGAACACAUGUAUCAAAAAGAACAAGGCAAAGUGAAUAAAUACAUUGGAAAGCAGGAAUCUGUAAAGGAGAGAUUGUCUCAGCUACAAAGUGAAAAUAUGUUGCUUCGACAGCAAUUGGAUGAUGCUGAAAAUAAAGUUGAAGGUAAAGACAAGACAGUAAUUAGUAUUCAAGGCCAAUUUCAUGAUAUUGUAAAGCAACUCCAGGCUGAGAGUGAAAAACAAAGUCAGAGGCUAGAGGACAGAAAUAAGGAGUUAACCUCUGAAUGUAGUCAUUUAAAAGAAAGACUGUAUCAGUAUGAAAAUGAGAAAACAGAAAGAGAAGUAGUUGUAAGACAACUUCAACAAGAACUGGCUGAUACUUUAAAGAAACAAUCUAUGUCAGAGGCUUCGCUGGAAGUUAUAACACAUUAUCGGAUUAAUUUAGAAGAUGAGACACAGAACUUAAAGAAGAAAUUAGACAAAGUCAGCAAUCAAUUGCAAGAAGCACAGGACCGAAACACAGAGCUUGUACGAGACGCCGAGAAGAUGCAAGAUCACCUGCAAAAGCUUGAAAGUGAAAAUUCUGAGUUAAAAGUUACAGUCAAAAAACAAGCAGGCAAAAUUGAACAUCUUCAGAAAAGUCUGUUAUGUCCUAGUUUGUCUAAGGAUGAAAAGGAACAAUUAAAGGAACUCACCGAGUUAAAACAAUCUCUGGAAUAUAAUUUGGGUGAAGAAAUGAAGAAAAAUGGUGAAUUAGAAAAAGAGAUAACUGAAUUUAAGAAACUCUUAACAAUGACAAAAACGAAGUUAAGUGAAUAUGAAAAUGGGGAGUUUCAUUCCCAUGGAGAUUUAAAAAUGAGUCAGCUUGAAAUGGCUAUUGAGAAUAAUAUGCUAAAAUAUAAGAUUGAUGAUCUCAGAGCUAAACUAGAAACUGCAUCUUCAAAAUGUCUACAUCUGGACACGACCAAUCAAGUUCUUAAACAACAGAUGUUGUCUAUGAAAGCACAACAAAAGAAAUGUGAAAAGCUAGAGAGGAAUAAAAAGAAAUUGGAGCAAGAAGUCAUCAACCUCAGAAGUCUUAUGGAAAUGAAUAUGGUAGACCGUGGUCAAGUAGAACAGUAUAAACGAGAGGUUGAAGAAAGAGCAAGACAGGAGAUAGUCGACAAAUUAAAAGAAGUCAAUCUCUUCUUACAGGCACAAGCAGCAUCUCAAGAAAACUUAGAACAGUUAAGAGACAGUAACAGUGCUUCCAUAAGGAGUCAGAUGGAACUCCGAAUUAAAGAUCUGGAAUCUGAACUCUCCAAAUUGAGAACUGCUCAAGAAGAUUCCAAUAAAACAGAAUUGGAAAAAUAUAAGCAAUUCUAUCUAGAAGAAUUACAAGUUAGAAAAUCAUUGUCAACAGAACUAAACAAGACUAACGAGAGGCUGGCAGAGAUCCAUACCGAACUCCUCCUGGAGAAGCAGCAGAGAACUUUCCUCAGCACCCUCACCGGGAGGCCGGUCCUGGAGGCUCCUUGCGUUGGAAAUCUCAAUACUAGUCUAGUGCUCAGUGGCAGCCUUAUUCCCAAAGAAAACUUCCCGAUUCCUACCUCAAGACCACAGCCGUCAACUAACAGCAUGGAUGACUAUUUGACCAAGAUGCGGCAGGAGUUGGACAAAAGUAUAACUAGAGAACUAGAAAAAGCUGCUGCUGAAUUUGAAUCCCAGUCCUGUCGAGCUGCUCCUGUAGCACCUACAGCCAGAUCUAAUCAAACUCAAGAUCUACUGCUGAAAGCAUCCCAAGAAUAUGUCCAGAUUUUAAAGAAAAAUUAUAUGCUCUGAAGGCUAAUAAAAAUUUAACUGGACAGUUUACAUAGCACUUAUGGUUUCCUAUUAAACAGAUGUGAAAAUUUCCAUGAAAGGAGAAUAUUUUUUGUAUCAUGAAAAUGUAUGUGGUAUUUUAAAGUUUUUCUACAACUAAACUUUGAGCAGGUUUUGCAGAUGCAAACCAGUAUUAAAUCUUAGAUACGGGUGUACAAGCCGCAAUUGUCAUCUAGCACCCAAACUAGCAACUUGUCAUUCGUCUUCAGCAGAGUCCAUUGAUGGCUUGUUUGUAUUUUCCAGUUAUUAUCUCAGACACAGACUUGAAGAUUUAGAGAUUAUUUUUCUAUUGGUACUGUGACCACAGUCAGUGUUUGGAUGUGUUAUACUUGUUAUCGUGUCAAACUUCAAAGUACUGAUGUGUAGAUGUUUCCUUACAGAGAAAUACUGUCUGCCUGUGGCCUUCCAUCUUUGUCUGCUUAUUUAUUAUUGUUAAUGAUUGGGGAACAAUCUUAGAGAAAAGUCCCAAGUUCUGGGACAAGGAGUUUGCUCCCCUGCACUAUUUGAGGGGGGAGGUCGUUGACAUGGUGCUGUCAGAUGCAAUGACUAACGCAGGUGUUUCCCACAAGGGAGACCGUUCCACGGUGGCUACAAGGCAACCUUUAUGGUAAAGCAACACUAAUGCAUUCCAUCUUUUCACCUCAGGUUCCUUCAUGUAGUUCCCUUUCUAACCAAAGAAUCCCACCCACAUCCACGGAUUGCAUUUGGUUGGUGUAUUUCUCGGGUUCUUUCAGUUUGAAGUUGUCCCUCAGUCCUUCCUUGACUGUGAAUCUCUUGGAAAGUAAAAUCCUCAAUUAGGUUUCUCUGAUGUUUCAUGAGUUGAGAUCAUGCACUUUUUGGUGACAGUGUCACACAACUGAUCCUGUGGCCAUCCCUGCACACUCUCACGGAACAUGCACCUUUGAUUUGUCCCAUCGCCGGUGAUGUUGAGGUCAUUCUCUAAAGGUGGUUUCUCACUUUAACUGCAGGGAGUACAGGGGACAGUCCUUUGAGACUCUCUAAAUGACUAUGUUCUUCAUCAGACUUUCAGCAUCUUUGACUUGUAUCUGUAUGGACUCACGGUUGAUUGUAUUCAGUGGGUUCUAAUUCGUUAGUGUCAUUUUUAAAUUUUUUUAAAAUGUUCUGACAACUUCAUACAUAGAGCAAAAUUGUAGUACAGAGAAUCCUUGGAUGUGUUUUCUUAUUUAGAAAAUGUCUUAAUUUACAGAUUUCUAAAGGGUUAUUUCAAAAUGGAAAUCAGCAGACGGAAAGCAAAAGCUAUUAGUCUAUUUGACAUUGAACUAGCACCUGAUCCUCUAUUAAAGCAUUGAGGUUUCUACAGUAUUCUUAAUUAGUCUAAAAAUCUUUUUUAAAACUGCAGCAUCUCCUUUUAAUAGUUUUUGUUUAAUUGGCGACUGUCAGUUUUCUAGCCAGCUCUAGUAAGCUGUUUUCUCGUCCCUAGUUCUGAAUCUGUUAAAAUUGUUCCAAGUUAUGGGAUGAUUCCAUGUGCUAACUCAUUUCUUUAUUUGCAAUCCUUGGGCUAACCAAAGAGACAUAGAUUUUGUGUUCUGUUGAAGUAAUCUAUUGCAUUCGCUUAAUGUCGCUGUUAAGUUCUGAUUGAUUGUUUAAAAAACAGCUAAGUUUUAAAAUUUAUGGUCUGUUGAAGUAUACACUUAUUCUAAAGCAUUGAGGUAAUUGCUUUGUAACAAUGACCAAAUCUUAGUCUGUAUUAUGUCAUGAUCAUUCUUGGCAUCCUUGAGAGGUAUUCAAAAAAAAAAAUCAAAGUUCCAAAUUUCUUGGACUUUGAUACUUCCAGUUGGACCCUGGAAAUAUCAAAGGAUAUAUCUCUCAUCUUGUAGAUACCAACUAAUAAGGCUGUUUGGAUUGUAUUAAAGGUAUGGUCAAGAUGUCAAGUGGUGCUAAAUUUUAAGUUAUGGUAAUAUAAAAUGCUAUUGACAUAAAUGUCCAAAAGUUAAAGUCUAAUGACCUUUUGUUAUCAGACAUGAUGGUUAUCUUACUUAGAAAGGCCCAGGGGCUGGCGCCGUAGCUAGGUUAAUCCUCUGCUGCGGCGCUGGCAUCCCAUAUGGGCGCCGAUUCUAAUCCCUGCUGCUCCUCAUCCAAUCCAUCUCUCUGCUGUGGCCUGGGAAAGCAGUAGAAGAUGGCCCAAGUCCUUGGGCUCCUGCACCCACGUGGGAGACCUGGAAGAAGCUCCUGGCUCCUGGCUUCGGAUUGGCACAGCUCUGGCCGUUGCGGCCAUUUGGGAAGUGAACCAGCAGACGGAAGACCUUUCUGUCUCUCCCUCUCACUGUCUAACUCUGCCUCUCAAGUAAAUAAAAUCUUAAAAAAAAAAAAAAAAAAAAAAAGGCCCAGAGGUCUAAAAAGGAUGUUUUAUAAAAUGCUACAGGUGCUUUCAAAAAUAUUUGUGGAGUAAGCAAGUACCUCUUCUUGUUGGAUAAUGAGCUCACAGUUUUAAAAUUGGCUAUUUAAAGUCUUAUUAUCCAUAGUUUUGUAUCCUCCAAACACUAAAAAUGAGAAUUGCUGUUCAUGAAGUUAAAACAUUGUUGGUUCUGUUUAAAUGUGUCCUUUUACAUUCCAAAGGACUUGUUCCCCUCUCCUCUAUUCUGUUCAAUACUUUAGGACAGUUUUAUAAGCAGAUAAUAUAAGCCAAUAAGGUAUUACAGGUUCCAACUUAGAAAAACUAUACUUAUUUCAGAUUAUUAAGAGCCAAAAGUAAUUCUAAUUAAUGAUGGUAAUUUUAAAAAAUCAGAUUUUAAGAAACUAUUACUAAAACUGCUUUAUUAUUCUAUCUUGUAUGUUAUGUAUGUACAUAUUAUGUAUCUACAUGGGAAAAUUUAU